AUGGAAGGGAGGGCGGCGGGGUGGGUGCGGGCGGGGGCGGUGGGGUGGGCGGUGGUGGCGUGCGCGGUGGCGGUGGGGGUGGUGGCGAGGCGAGGGGCGGCGUGGAGGCGGUGGGGCAGGGCGGUGGCGGUGGUGCGGGACCUGGAGGAGCGGUGCGCCGCGCCGGCGGAGCUGCUGCGGCGGGUCGUCAACUCGCUGGCCAUCGAGAUGUUCGCCGGGCUCGCGUCCGAGGGUGGGAGCAAGGUCCGGAUGCUGCUCACCUGCGUCGACACGCUCCCCGACGGGAGUGAGGAAGGCAUCUAUUAUGCCAUUGAUCUUGGAGGAACAAGCUUUAGAGUCCUCCAAGUAGAACUUGGUGCAGGGUCUACAAUCAUCAAUCGGAAAGUUGAACAUCAGCCUAUCCCUGAAAAAUUGACCAAGGGAACAAGUGAUGACUUGUUCAAUUUCAUUGCCUCAACACUGAAGAAUUUUAUUGAACGAGAGGGUGGGGGAGAUGAGGGGAGGGCACUUGGUUUUACAUUUUCUUUCCCCGUUAGUCAGAACUCCAUAUCCUCAGGGACAUUAAUUCGAUGGACUAAAGAAUUUUCAGUUGAAGAGGCUGUCGGGAAAGAUGUUGCUCAGUGCCUAAAUGAAGCCCUUGCUAGGAAUGGACUGAAUAUGAAGGUCAACGUAUUGGUGAACAAUACUGUGGGGACAUUAGCUCUGGGGCAUUAUUAUGACGAGGACACAGUAGCUGCCGUGAUUAUUGGAGCUGGCACCAAUGCAUGCUAUAUUGAACGCAACGAUGCGAUUAUCAAAUCUUUGGGUCGUCUUACCAAUUCUGGACUAACGGAUCAGGUAGUAAAUGUGGAAUGGGGUAGUUUUCGGCCUCCACAAAUAGCAUUAACUCCUUAUGAUAUAUGCUUCAAUAACGAAACAUGGAACUAUUAUGACCAGAAUUUUGAGAAAAUGAUCUCUGGUGUGUAUCUUGGGGAAAUUGCAAGAUUGGUGUUCCAAAAAAUGGCUCAAGAGUCAGAUAUAUUUGGUACUAAUGAUGGUCUAUCGACCCCUUUCAUCUUAAGCACACCAAACUUAGCUGCAAUUCGCGAGGAUGAUUCCCCAGAUUUGAGAGAAGUGGGCAAGAUACUGGAGGAACAUCUCAAGCUACAGGAUGUUCCUCACAAGACCCGGAAGCUUGUGGUGAGAGUCUGUGACAUCAUCACCCAAAGAGCUGCCCGCCUAGCAGCAGCUGCGAUCGUUGCAAUACUGCAAAAGAUUGGCUGCGAUGGAACCCUUUGCGGCACCAGCGAAGUUCGAACGAUGAGAGGCGUGCGGAGAAGAACGGUUGUCGCCAUCGAGGGCGGUCUCGUCCAGGGUUAUUCGGCCUUCAGAGAGUAUCUGGAUGAAGCCAUAGUCGAGAUCCUGGGAGAGGAGAUUGCAGCCACUGUUAGUCUUAGAGUGAUGGAGGAGGGGUCUGGCACUGGUGCUGCCCUCCUUGCAGCUGCAUAUUCAUCGGCCAGACAGAGCAAAACUCCACGUAGGAAUGACUAAGAUAUAUAAAAUGAAUUUUACGGUGGUUGAGAAGGUACGAAGAAAAAAAUGAAACAAGGAAAUAAGUCAGAUAUGUACAUGGUAGAAAUCAGUGCUUGUACAUAGACAACUCCUUUUUUAUGUUGUAAAAUUAGUGGUCCGUGUUGAAAUCAUGCUUUCUUCUCUUCUGGUGUCAAAUUGGCCAAUGCUUCAAUCUGUAUAUACUAAAUCAUCUGGUAACUUCAGAAGUUUUUUUUUAAGUUAAAUAUUUUUGGUUGGAAUCACAUAUUUUUC